UUCCGAGCCAAAAUCCCUGCUCAGAAUUUGUACCGCAAACUUACCGAAUUUAUUUUUUAUUGCAUCGUGUACGCUCACACCGCGCACCAAAACACGCUGAUUCGAUGGCACCUGUCUCCGUGCUGAUCGCCAGUUGUUCCGAGACUCAUAAACUUUACAGUCAUAAUCGGUUUACCUAUGUUUAUACAUCGCGAUCGGGCUUGAGCCAUACCCUUUCGCCAUUGACGACCUUGGCCUUCGCCUACCCCGCACCGAACAUAGCCUCCCAUCUGAUUGGCCAAACAAGGGAGGUAACUGAAGAGCGUAAACAAGCAUGGUCAGACGACAAUGUCAACAUGACACUGACUGACAAGCAGAAAGCAGCCCUCGAAGUCGCUUUAUCGCGACAUAAUUUGGCGAUACUUGGUCAAGCGGGUGUCGGAAAGACAUUUCUUCUCAACCACAUCAAGGAUGAACUGAAACGAAACGGUCUGCAAGUCGUCGUGACGUGCACAACCGGAGUUGCUUGUGCCAAUUAUUCCGUAAGUGCUAGCACAUUUGAUCCAUUCUAUGCUGUCUUAUUUGAGACAAAUAUGUUGUCAUACGGCCGCUAUUCAAUUCAAGAAUUGCAGCAAGUUCUUGACCGAGAAGAGAGGACCCGAGACAGGCUAUGCCACACAGAUGUUUUAAUAAUUGAUGAGAUAUCCAUGUUAAGCUACAAGAUGCUGUGUGAAGUAGAAGCAGUUUGCCGAAUGGCUAGGAAGAGCCAACAGAUGUUUGGGGGACUGCAGGUGAUUGUAUGCGGGGAUUUCUUCCAGCUCCAACCUGUGCCAAAUACACUGUAUGGUGACAGAGGCGACUUUGCAUUCAGUGGACCUUUAUGGAACAAUGCUUUUCCACAUCAUAUCAUUCUUGAUAAAGUUGUCAGACAGAGUGAAAUCCAGCUGAUAACUGCUGUGAGGGAAACAAGUCGUGGGAUAGUUUCACAGGACACUGUUGACUUUCUAGAAAGUCUGUCUCAGCCACUGGAAGGUCCAGAGCAUGUUGUGAGAGUCUUUUCCACCAACCAGCAAGUAGAUAUGCACAAUCAGAGGACACUAAUGGACCUACAAGGUAAGGUUCCAAAGAACUAUGGAGAGAUUGGAGAACUGGGCAGAUAUGGUCAGAGUUUCGUUCUUGAUACUGGUGGUGCUGCAUUUCGAAUUCACUGUAGUUUUGACUCGAGUGAGCGAGAACUGAAAAUAUUCUACAGCGAAGACUGGGGUGAGAAAAAACACUUGGAUAGGAUUGUGGUACCAAAGUGUCUGUGGCUGAAAGUAGGAUGCCAGGUUAUGCUGCUGAGGAACCUGUCAGACAAUCUUGUCAAUGGAAGCAUUGGUGUUGUCACUGAAAUCUCUCAGGAUUGCAUUUAUGUUGAUUUUCCAAGGAGCUCAUCUAAGAUAGAGAAAUAUACAUUUGGAGUUUGUAUGAUUUCAGUUUAUGACCCAAGGCUCAAGUCAGAUGUUGCCAGAAGAUUACAGUUUCCACUAAAACUGUGCUAUGCCCUCACAGUGCACAAAUGUCAAGGAAUGACAAUUGACAGAUUGGAGAUUGACUGUGAUAAUAUGUUUCGACCUGGUCAGCUUGGAGUUGCAUUAGGUCGUGCACGAAGGAUUGAUGGACUUAGGGUCACUAACACAUCUGGAGAGGAUUUCAUGUCCCCAGUGGCAGAUAGAACCAUCGAUGUGUUCGAUAUUGCUGAUGAUUUCAACUUGAUAAAAGCCUAUGAAGACUGCAUUAGCAAAAUCCCAGAGGAUGACAGUGAGGAAGAACUUGAUACAGUUGAGAGCACCUAUGAAGUACAUGAUGCAUUGUCAAUUCUCAGAUCUGUUCGCUCCAAAUAUGACAUCACAGACUUUCAGAAGGAGGUGAAUGUUCAAAUUAGUUUGGGAGAAAAAAAUCCAGAAAGAGUUGCUCACUACUGUUCACUUGUGGAAAAUUUCAUCUCCAAAGCCUAUGCACAAACUGUUGAUGUUAAUUGCAAAAGUGAAACUAUUAACAAGUUCUACAAAAUCUGCCAUGACUAUCUGACAACAUCAAAAUACAAAGUUGCUGUGGUGAAUUUGUUUGGAUCCCAGGGUGAUGUUGAGUAUCACAUAUGCUACAAAAUGUUUCUGAGUUUGAGAGAGCGAUUCCUCAAGUAUAAGAGUGAAGAUGCGAAGCACCUUGCUGAGGAAGAUGUCAAUCCUAGAAGUUGUGUGGACAUUAAUGACGCAACAAGAGGCAAAAUACGUUAUGUAGCUGGAUAUUGCUUCAGAAAACUUCAUCAGAAAUGUGCCAGUAAUGUUACCAACAACAUAUUCAAGGCUAAGGCAGGUUCACUGGAGAUUGUAAAGAAUGAGUAUAAGAAAAAACAAAUGAUAGAAAUGGCUUUGAGGAAUCAGAGACAGAUUGUGUCUGAGACAAGUGACCCAGCCAGUUUAAAAGAAAUAAGAAGAAAACAGAAUAUCAGAGAAGGUCUCAUAAAUAUUAGUGAUUCUGGCUUUGAGUUUGCCAUGCAAGUCAGUAAGAUAUGCAUACAUUUGCAAACAGAAAAAAAUCUGCAUGAGUAUGGUAGAAAUUUGCAUUGGUUUGUGGUGGAGUCUCUCAAAGGAAAAGCAGAACUGUUUGAGAAGUGGAUGAAUGUGUUUAAAAUGAAGGCACACUCAACAGAGACUGUUACAAGGGUUCCUAGAGUCAUGGCAGAGGCAGAGGCAGAGGCAGAGGCAGAGGCAGAGGCAGAGGCAGUGGCAGAGGCAGAGGCAGAGGCAGAGGCAGUGGCAGAGGCAAAGGCAAAGCCUUGA